AUGAUUUGUGAACAAACCACCAUUAUUUUUUUUGAUCAUUCAUUCAUAUUGAAUUUAUUGAUCAUUAAUAUCAUCACAAGUUGUACAACUGUAAUAGGCGCCGAUGGUCCACCAACUCCUGCCCCUUCUGCAUCAACUACUACUGGUGCUGUAGUAACACCUACACCCGCCCCUUCUACACCAAAUACAACCAACACAACUAGUACACCUGUAGUAACACCCACACCUGCCCCUUCUACAAAUACAACCAACACAACUAGUGCACCUGUUGUAACACCUGCUCCUACUAAUUCAAGUUCAAAUGCAACUAGUACACCUGUAGUAACACCUACACCUGCCCCUUCUACAAAUACAACCAACACAACUAGUACACCUGUAGUAACACCUACACCUACACCUACCAAUUCAAGUUCAAAUACAACGGUCCCACCCAAACCUACUACAACUCCAAUACCAUCAAAUGAUACCAAACCAAAGUAUCCAGAGAUCCCCAAGAUCUAUUCAACAUUUAGAUCAAUGUCAAUAUUGGAUGACAAAAAGACCUAUGCAGAAAAGGAAAUAUACAACUAUAAUCUCAACACGUCUAUCAUUCACGACAACACCACAAGUAUCUGGAACUUUACAACUGGCAUGUCAUAUCACUUUAAUGCACGUGAUACCACUAAUGACAAAAGUUGUACCAUUGAUAACUACGAUGUCGAUGAACGUUAUUAUGACUCUAGUUAUUAUAUAUUGACUGCAAAUCAAGAUAAAUUAAAAUUUAAAGGAGUAAUAAAAUUACCAGAUAGAAAGAUAAUUUGUAAUGCAUUUGAAUAUAGUGAAGAAUUGAGUCUAAACUAUUACAAUUAUACAACUGUAAAUGGAACAUUUAUGAAUGUCACUUCUUUACAUCGUGAUGGUAUGAUGUCAGAAGACAGUGGAAAUAUAAAUAUUGCAUCGUUUCGUUGUCAAUGGGAUGAACGUCGACACUUUCCUCCUGCAUGUGCUAUCACCUAUGUAGACAACAAUACAGAUUCAGUUUGGAUAUCGUCUGCGGUGUUUACACCCGAUAGAUUCCCAACUUAUUCUGGACCGGGUUCCUCAUUCAACCGAACCAUUGUCAAGGAUUUCGAUGUGGUAAAUAUCGUACAAACAGUCUAUUUCGAUAGAGAUACCAAUGUUCCUGUUAGAAUCACUCGUUUCUAUGAUGAUUACGAAGUAUUGGAACAGAAUGGUAUCAACACAACAACCAAUGUCGAUUAUAGGUCUAGUCCGAUAACUGUAGAUUGGGUGUAUUGGGAAUCUUAUCCAAGUCAAUUACCAUCUUUUGAAUUACCAAGUAACUGUACCAACUCUUCCAUUUCCCUUAAAUUUGAUUGGGGAGUCCUAGAAACUCCCCUUCCAUCACCAGUACUCUCAUCAACCUUUUCAGCUCUCCUUGAACAGGUCAACACCACCACCAACUCGUCGCGUCCAUCCUAUAUAUUUUGGAGAUACGAUUAUUCAAACUCUAGAGAAUCAUAUGAAUAUAGAAGUACUGAUGGUACCGACUAUGUAGAGGUAUUUUUCAACAAUCAAAACACCCUCAAUCAAACUGGCAAGUCAUUUGCCUAUGACACUGGUACUCUUCAAUGUCAACAAUUACAAAGUUCAAAUAAUCAAUUCCUCUCUACUCCUGAUCGUAAAAUACUUUAUCGUAUAUUAGCUAAAAAUGAUAUUAAAGGAUGGAAAUUUGAUCAAAGAGUAUUAAGAAGAACAAUUGAUUCUGAUAGAUAUUCUACUACAUUACUUAAUGCAGAUGGAUCACAAUACUUGAUAUCACUUUAUGUAUUUGCAAAUGGAUGGGAUUUCCCAAUUAGAUUUGGUGGUGAUAAUGCUACGAGUCAAACAUCAACACCACUGGCAGUUGAAAUCACAUUGUUAAAGGACGGAGGAUCAACAGUCGUGUCACACUCUGAAUGGAAUAUAUUCUUUUAUGUGGCAGAGCACGUCCCAAGUAUCUAUCUCGAUCAGAGUACAUUGAAUUGUUAUCCAACUCCUCCAUUGUCGUACACCUCUCAGGUAUCAUUGUCAUUCCCUUCAAACGGAUCAACUCAUUCAUUCCUAUUUAAAAAACAAGAUAAUACGACACUGGCAACAUUCCUCGAGUCAUCCAAACAAUACUCUAGCAAUAGAUACUAUGUUUUCAACUCUACAAUGUCUCUUUACAACUACUAUGUUUUAUCAUUCAAUAAUAGUAAUUGUCAAUUUGUUCAAUUAAAUCAAAAAAACAAUAGUAAUAGUAAUAGUACAAAUAACAACAAGUUGAAUAGUAUCAAUGUUGACGAGAGUUAUUGGUUACCUUUUGGUAACAAGUAUACUAGGUUGUCUGAUCCAAGUAGCAAGGUUCAAUAUAUGGGUACUUCAACAUCAUGUAGACAAUUGAAUACAAGAGUAUGGAGAACCAAGUCAACUCUAUUAAACUCUUCCAAUAAUAGCACCAAUUCAACUAUUCAACUAUUCAAUAUAGUUGAUUAUCAUUGGUACAAGAAUGAUUAUAGUAAUGAUUUGUAUCCAGCAUGUGUCAUCUCACAAACACAAAAUAUCACAACCAUUAAUAAUCAAACCACCACCAAUAUCACUACCAUUGAUUAUCAAGUAGAUUGGACAUUACUAUUAGAGAAUGCAAACCUAACUUCUCAAUUUAACACUAGUCUAUGCGUUCCAUUAAAUUCAACUUCAAGAUAUUAUCCACAACCAACAAAUAAUUUAAUAUUUAAAUCAUUUGUACUACCCCCAUCAGGACAAUCCACCAUCAUAACCAACCAGAUCAAUAGUAAUAGUAAUAGUACAACCAAAAAUAACAGCAGUACCAUUAUCAAUAAUAAUAAUAAUCAAACAUUGAUUGGAUUAAUUAAUAAUAAUUUAACAAAUAGUUUUACAGCAACUAUUGAAAUUAUUAAUCAACAAUUACAAAGAAAAUAUAUUGUUAAAUGGAGAUAUAGUAAGGAUAUUCAUUCGGAGCAGGUUCAAGUAUUCUUCCCAUUCAAUAAUACUGCAGUUACCUAUGAUUAUUGUUAUGACUCCAAGGUUGGAGGCAAAGCUCAAGUAUUUGUAAACAACACGUUGCUUGCCAACAGUAGCACAAGUUUCAACUAUACAACUGACCAUAUUCUCAAUCAAAUUGGUGGAGAUUCAUUAUUUGUUAGAAUACUAUCACAUCUAGACAUCAACUCUACCACUGUCAACUCCAACAAUGUAUCAUCCUAUACAAAUUAUAAUAAUAGAGUAUUGGAAUCAUGGUCAUUCAAUAAUAACCAAUACUCUAUGUUAUGGUAUCCACUUGGAUGGAAUAUUUUUGAUAGUAGUUUAUUAUUAAAUAGAAUUCCUUCAACUUUGAUAAAAUAUAAUAAUAAUAUUAGUAAUAGUAUUAAUAAUAAUAAUAAUAGUAGUAGUAGUAGUAAUAAUAGUAAUAAUAAUGGUACCAAUAAUAAUAAUAUUCCAAUAGUUGUUUGGAAUAUAGUAUCAUUUGAUCAAGGUACAAAUGAAGAUUUGAUAUGUCCUAGAAUAAUCAAAAGACCACUUGUACUACCUCCUGUUUCAAAAGAAUCAAUGUCUGGUGGCAUCUUGGCAAUGAUUAUUAUAUUCACUAUUGCUGGUGCAUCGUUGUUGGGUGUUGCAUCAUUCUUUAUCAUUAGAAAAUACUAUGGUGGCCAGUACAAUGACGACGAACAAUCAAGUAUCAUGCUCAAUGAAGUUCAAGUCGGUGAAAAGAUGGAUGGGGCUUCAGCACUUACACCCAAACAAGAUGGAAAGACUUUCUUUACCACCACAAAAUCAAUGAUCCCUACAUCCAUCAUCCCUUCAAGUAAACUCCUAGAGAAUGAUAAUAAUCAAGAAGAACGUCUUUUAAACCAAGCAGGUGAAGAGUUAAUGAUUUAA